GCCUGGUUUAUGAUGGGUUGGAAAUCGUUGUGAGUGGCGAUCGCCAUUAUUGGGAAUCGCAUUCGUCGAUGAAGAGUGUGGGGAUCUCCCUGUAUCUGAAGAGGCAGUGUUAGCUUCAGGCACUAUACUCAGAUCUGCAUCAUUUACCGCUCCAAUGUUGAUGCAGGUUUUCCUUUCAAGUUUUCUGCAACAGGUUGACGCUUGUGUUUUGACAAGCUUCUCAGCAGGAUUGGCGAGCCCCCGCCAUGUGGCAGCCCUAGAUUUUGGGGCCGUUAGGGCUUGCGCCAGCCGGUUUAGGCUAAAACGGCCGGGGCCAGACAAUCUGCGAAAAUGCCGCUGCUCACCGGGAAUAAUUCCGCAGGGCACGCAAGCGAUCCGUGGAUUGUCCAGUUGCAAGGGGUGUCAGGGAAAGGAACCUGUCUCCGCUCGCUUAUCAUGUACGUUACUCUAUAUACCGCAAAUGUACGGAUCCGUAGAGAGUUCUCUAUUGUGAUAGCACAGCCCAGCAAGCCGGAUCGCGGAAACCAUAUUCCGGGUCUAAACCCGUUUUCGGACGCCACAGGCACUGAUUGGGAGGUCAAUUUGACAAGUGGGACGAAAACACGAUCAAUCAGGCAUUGCAAGGUUGUUGGAGGUCCCUGGGUUCAAAAGCCCUGCUUGUGAGAUGAUCACC